GCAGGAUUUUCGCUUGUUUUUGUUGGUUUGGUGUACCUAACGAUGUCGCGCAUCACCAUUUUGCUCCUGACUGUGUCUGCCGUCGUCGGUUAUGCCUCUGCUCAGGCUCCACAAGUUACCGAAAAGGUUUUUUUCGACAUGACAAUCGGAGGCAAACCUGCUGGACGGAUCGAAAUUGGUCUCUUCGGGCAAGUCGUACCUAAAACUGUGCGAAAUUUCCGCGAAUUGGCUACCAGGCCCGAAGGCGAGGGUUAUAAGGGAUCCACUUUUCACCGAGUUAUCAAGAACUUCAUGAUUCAAGGAGGUGACUUCACACGGGGGGAUGGAACUGGUGGUCGUAGCAUUUAUGGCGAGAGAUUCGAGGACGAGAACUUCCAGUUGCGUCACUACGGAGCUGGUUGGCUCUCAAUGGCAAAUGCCGGGCAGGACACGAACGGCUCUCAAUUUUUCAUCACAUCCAAGGCAACUCCAUGGCUUGAUGGGAAACAUGUCGUUUUCGGCAAAGUGAUCAAAGGAAUGUCCGUUGUGGAUCAGAUCGCAUCGCUCCGUACUGAUGGCAGUGACAGGCCUAAUCAGGCUGUGAAGAUUGCCGAUAGUGGAAGCGAGCCUGUUGCGAGGCCAUUCGCCGUCGAACUUAGUGAUGCUCGGGAGUAACUUACAUUACGAACCGCGCAGCUCGUGAUGACUCCAGGGUCGUAAAAUGUUGCUUUCGUUGUUCGCGUUUCUCACAUGAGCCCGUGUUCUGGAAUCUCAGUGAUUUCGUGCGUCUUGUGAGAUGCUAAGGAUUUGAAUCUCCGUCCAUGAUUCAUUUUUCUCUUCGUUCCGACUUCAUUACCGUUUGGUGAAUGAAAAUACUUCGACCGAU